UCCGUGUAAUCUCCGACGUAACCUGUCAAUGCACUAUCAAAAUGAGCUAGUUGCAUUGUGUCAGGAAACAUUGUAAAAAGGUGCCCAUAUUUUGCGGAAAAGUUCAAGAGGAGUGCACAGGGGGCAAGGCUCCAGGGGAAUGUUUCAAUGUCUGUGCUGGAAGAGGAAGAACGAGGAAUUAUCAGACACAGAGUACUUGAUUGAUGAGAACGUUUCACCAAGAUUGCGGGAUGAGGCGGGAGAGAAUGUGACAAUAAGCCAAGGGUCCCAGCAAGAGAUACAGGAGGAGGAUGAACCGCACAAAACUGACGAAGAAGAGAGGGCACCAGGGACUACAGUCGAAGGUUCACAACCUCAACGACAGGAAAAAAAGGGAAGAUCAUCCCCCAGUAAGUGUCAACCGGUAAUAAAGACAAAAGCUAUGGUGACUUAUAAAGAUGAAGGUCAAGAUAUCUCUAAGGGAAUGGAAUAUCUCGAGGCAGAAAAUAGAAAUCUCUUAUCAUCUAAGAGGACAAAAGAAGUAAGAACUGGAGUCAAUACAAAUUGUCAGAAUGAACAGAACCUUCGCGAGAACACUGCCAUAAAUGGGCGGGCAAAGGAUAUAUGUCAAAACAUAAUUAAACAAGAGAAGCAUGUAGAAUUGACAUGUGAACGUAAUACGGAUGAAAAACUAUUGGAUGUUCCUUGUAACCACACUGCUGUCACGGCCUCUGCCUACUGCUCAGUGACACAUUCCAGUAAAGAGAACAUCAAUGAAUCAGAGAGACAAUCUAAUUCAUUCCAUGCUAGCAAUCAUAACGCAUUAUUAGCCUCUUCUGAGACCGACAAGCAGCACAAAUGUCAUCAAUUAUCAUGUUUAACCAAUCAAAAUGGUCAAUUGUGUACAAUCCUUGGUGAACAGUACAUCUUGACGCAUGUGAGGAAGAUUACAGUGUUGGUAUACAUCAGAAUGACAGUGUCAGAGGACAUGAUAGUUGGGUGUAGAUGUAUGUGGAGAGGAGAAGUACCAAUUCUACUCUCUGAACUUCCUGAUAAAACCCUCGUAAAGUUUGACGCAAUUGCCUUACCUUGUUCAAAGGCAUUCCAUGCUGUAGUUGUCUGGCAGAAAGUGAAGCCAAAAUCAGUUUUUGAAUCAUUGGAUGAUUCAUAUAUAUAUAUAGACAGCCGUGAACUUCCUGUAUUACGUUUUGUUUUUGAACAACACACUGCUUAUGUUGAAGUAAAGUAUGAUGACAAACUAGUAAUAUCAGAGUUCAUGAAAGAUGUAGUUUUCAUUGAUGGGAGUCAAACAGACCCAAAGGAUCUGUCUUUGAUGUCCUCCUGGCCUACAGGGACAGUAUUUGCUACAGUGUGUAGACUGUUAAGGGGCAGAGCAGCAGAAACUCUAACAUACACAUGCACAUGUGUGUGGUCCGGUAAAAGACCACAGAGAAACAGCAUACCCAUAGAAUUAAACAGUGGGGAACUAUACAAACGAAAGCCAAGUGGCAAGUAUGUUCGACACAAUAUAUAUCAGUGUUUGUGGUGUGACGUGUCCGCAAAACUGGAGGUUAUGAGGGGAACCUACACCCUCGUAUUUUGUGUUGGGAAAUGGAAUGUUUCCUUAGGUGUCACACAAGAGAACAUCAACAUCCUAAACAAGAAGAAAGGGUCACCUCUUUCAUCUGGCUUACUAGUGAAGGCACAUGUUGUACAAAUCCAUGAAGACAAAGUGUCAAGGUGGAGGGCCCUGCUGGUACAGCUAGUUGAAACUGGUGCUGACACUGAGUCCUCUUCAGCUUGUACUAUUACGACUGCAACAUUUACGACGAUGCCACAAGAAGAUCCCUCGGUCAGCAGUAAGCCAUUCCCUCAGGAAAAUAAAGCUAAGGGUGUAAAUGUUUCACAGACAAUGUCAUCCACUUGUGGCUCUCCACACUUAUCACCACAACCAUUAAACUGUGCUGUGAAAUCUCUGGGAAAAAAUUUUUACUGCACCACUGGGACAACCAUGACCAGUGCCAAAGUGUGGGUAGAAGGCUGUGUCUGGCAUUUCAGUAGUAUUUCCCAAGGUGUUGUCACACAUUCCAACAGAAGUAUACUAAUAAAACAGGACAAGUUCUAUGUGAAUGGUGAGAAAGUUCUUCCGGGUGACCCUCUUGCCAAAUUCUCCUCCAAAAGUGUACGGGUAAAUGCAUUCAUCGAGCCACUGCCCCACCCAAUGGAAGUAUUGAACUCCAUUGUGACUCAUAGAGCUGUAGUGGCAGGGCAGGGGCUUAAACAGCUAAAUAUAAGUGAUUUAUUGAAGAGUCCUUCAGAUGUAACAGAUUCAAAAGAAAUAUUAUACAAAAACUUUUCAAUAACAAAAAUGUUAACUCACAGAAACUGUCAAUGUUCCACAAACAUUCCAGAAGGACCUUCCAAACCAAGACAAGUCAGGGAAGUUGAUGCUAAUAUACCUUCAGUUCAAGAAUCUAACAAGAGAUCAGUAUCUUAUAUUGGUGCAUGUAUUUGGAAAAUGGCCAGUAUAUCUCUUGGUAUUGUGGCAAACAAUACAAAAAUUAUAGUUGUGAGGCAUGAUGCAUUUUAUGUAAAUCAGUUAAAAGUUUCCGGGAGUGACCCUCUUGUAAAAUUCAUUGGUAAUGACAUGCUUGUGAAUGUAGAGGUGACAGAGUUAUCUUCACCACAUACAGUGCUGGGGCAGACGGUCACUCACGAAGCAUUGUUGGCCUGGCAGGGAAAGAAGCCGCCACAGGAUGAAAAGGUUAUUAACAACUAUAUUAAAAGAAAUUCUACUUGGAUUGAAGGUUCCAGUAUUAAGGUGCACCUAAGUGAUGCUGGAAGGAUUAUUCUUAUAAAUGAUAUUCCAGAAAACUCUGGUCCUCUACGACCUCGGCACGUGUUGAGACAGGGAAGCUCCACUGGUCAGAUAAUAUCAGAUGCAACAGGAUUUCCACUUAAAGUUUGUAAGGAUUAUGGAAUUCUUAAGGUCCAUUGCCGCUUCGUGAAGGAGACGGAAGUGCUUGUUGCUUUCCAUAAAUCAGUAGUAUACAUAGAUAAAAAGAGAUUGAGUUGUGACAAACCUCUGGAUAAUCAAAUAAAAAUUUCCAACAAACAAAAAUCAUGGCACUGCUCAAUGAAGAGGGCUUCAAAAAUCUCGGGUAUGAACGUUCAGUACAUGGCAAAGCUGGUAUGGUACGGCAAGAAGCCAACAACAGAAGAAAUUUUAUUUCAGAUUUCAGACAGACCUACAUCAAAAGAUAGCUGGGAGAAGAGCAGGAGCCCAGUACCUCGCCUCCAGCCACCAGAGCGUGGCGAGGACUGCGGCUCCAAUAUCAUGACCCUCAGCAGCCAGAAUGGAGUUCCUGUCAGUGCUGCUGCCAUUGGACCUCACAACACAACCUUUUCACCAUUAAAUGAAGCUAAAGACAAUACGCUAUGCAAUGGUGGCUACAUUACCGAGGUCAUCCCAACAAAAAGGAAUGGAAGUGACUCCCACAUUGUAAAGCAACCUGAUAAGGAUUCCUUGGCACCAGACUUAUUCCCCACCAUGGCAGCUGGGGAGAGGGGAGAUACCAUGCAGGUGAAUGAAGAGGACUGGAUGUCACCUGAUCUAUUCCCUACAAUGGCAGCUGGGGAGGAGAAAGAUAUCGUGCAGGUGAAUGAAGACUGGAUGUCACCUGAUCUAUUCCCUACAAUGGCAGCUGGGGAGGAGAAAGAUAUCGUGCAGGUGAAUGAAGACUGGAUGUCACCUAGUUGAUUUAUUCCCUACAGUAGCAGUUGGGGAGGAGAUCUAACAUUAUCAAACACAUGAAUAAAGGUUGUUUGAGGGAAUAUUCUUUUCAGUAUUGACGGGCUGCUUAAACUUUCUAAACUGUAAAACCUCCAGACCAGAAUAGAAUAUUUUGCCACUUUAAAACAGACCUUUUCAUGUCAGAAAAUAAAUAUAGCUGAAGUAUUUAUCGUAUUUCACAGAAUAUAAGAUGCAUCCCAUAUUUCAGCAGGGAAUAUUUAGAAUUUUUUUUUUUGUGUAUUUAAUUAUUUAAUGUUUAUUCCUACUAAUAGGGAACAUGAUACAGUAAGUCUGUAUAAAAGAACUAAAUUUUCAAUUAUAAUUCUGGUAGGUAAACCCAUUACCAUAGUGUUUAUAAAUUGAGGGUAAAAUACCAUAAAGUUAAUUUGUUAGCACUGCCCUUGGUGAUAUGUUAUUACCAAAUUAUUGUUGUUAUGAUUGUUACUCAUUGUACUAAGAUGACAAUACAGUACUAUGGUAAGCACUGUAAAAACAUGAAAUGGCAAAUGAAUAGUAGUCUUUGUUGCAUGCCGAUAGAUGACGUUAGGUGCUACUGAGACUACGAACGAAUGGUGAUGGCUGUCGGUGUUAUUCACCGUUUUAUAUAUAUACAGUUUUACCCCGCCUAACGCGGUUUCACUUAACGCGUUUUCGCAUAUACGCGGUGCCUUG